AUGGGAGACUACAAUGCUAUUAGAUCAGGGGAGGAUAGACGAAUUGGAAACCUUGUGCAAGAGGCUGAGAUUAGGGACUUCAAUGACUUCAUUGAGCAUAAUGUUUUGACAGAAAUCAGAACUACUGGAAGGAAUUUCACAUGGACAAAUGGACACACAUACAGUAGAAUAGACAGAGCCUUGGUGAAUGCUGAAUGGAUGCUGCAAAUGCCACAUCUAGAAGUAAGGGUAAUGGAUCCGGCUGAGCAUAAAGAGUUCCUGGCCAAAGUUAAAGAAGCAUGGCAAAGGAAUAGUGGGAUGAAUAUCAUGAAGGAUGUAUGGUGCAGACUGAAAAAGGUGAAGCAAGCUAUGAAAGAUCUGAAUAAAGCAGAGUAUAGUGCAGUAGGGGACAAGAUUAAGCAUUGCAGACAUCAGCUUAGUGAACUGCAUGAACAAAUGAGAGACCCUGGGCAAUCUGAAGAUAUGAGUAUAGCAGAAAAAGACACAAAGGCACAACUAGAGAAAUGGCUUAGCAUGAAGAGCAGAUACUCUCAGAACAAAAUUAAGAGUCUAAUAAGGUCCAAUGGGGAGAUGGUGCAGACUAAACAUGAGAUUGAAGAGGAAGUGCUUGGCUUCUACAAGCAACUACUGGGAUCAUCAGCUGGAAAGUUACCAGCUUUGAAGGCUUGGUCUGUGAUUGGAGACAAUGUUACAGAGGCAGUGAUGGAGUUCUUUACAAGUGCUAACCUCUAUCAACCUAUCAAUUGCACAAUAGUUACUCUUGUGCCAAAGGUGAAAACCUCAUCCAGAAUAACCGAAUACAGACCAAUAUCAUGCUGCACCAUCCUGUACAAAAUUAUCUCUAAGGUGAUAACAAACAGACUACAGGGAAUAAUGGAGGACAUAGUCGAUAGAAACCAAUCUGCUUUUGUGCCUGGAAGGCUCAUAAAUGACAACAUAAUAUUGAGACAUGAACUAGUUAAAGGUUAUGGUAGGAAAGGUGUAUCUCCAAGGGGCAGGCUGAAAGUUGAUAUGAAGAAGGCAUAUGACUCUAUUGAAUGGGACUAUAUGGAGCAAGUUCUAACGAGUUUGCAAAUGCCUGGAAGAUUUGUUCCAUGGAUUAUGAAAUGUGUGAGAAGUGUCUCCUAUUCCAUCAUCAUCAAUGGGCAACAUACAACUCCAAUUCCAUGCAAAAAAAGGAUUGAGAUAGAGUGA